AUGAUCAGUUUAUGGAAUAGCACUUUUGCGAAUGAACCAGCCAAUGUGACGAAAACAUUUACAUCUAGCCAAGCACUCUUUGCUAAUCCUGAACGAGGUUGGAUUACACAUCGAUUUUCGAAUGAUCUUUAUGGAGUUAAUAGUCUGCGCGAAAGUGCUGAAAAAGUAUCAUUAGUUCUGAUUAAAAUUGACAUAUCAGUUUACAAGAAUAGUUUACAUAUUGGACAGAGUAAACUCAAUGAAAUUCGUUCAGCACUCAAUACUUGUCGUCAACAAGGUUUAAAAGUUAUCAUGCGUUCAGCUUAUUCUUGGGAUUCAGUUCUUGCUCCAGAGCCAAAAAACAUUGAAACUGUUAAAACCCAUAUUAUGGAUAUGAAACCAAUUUAUUAUCAAUAUGAAGAUAUUAUCGUUGCUGUCGAAAUGGGUAUGUUUGGGCCAUGGGGUGAAAUGCAUUCAUCAUAUUUUAGCACUACUAACACACAAUUCUAUUAUCCCAUUAAAACUGCUGCACUUCAACAAGUUCAUACCACGUACAUGUCAGCAUUGCCAAAUACUCGCUCAGUCCUUCUUCGUACACCAUAUUAUAUUCGUCAAAUCUUCAAUAGUAGUACACCUCUUUCAUCUGCUGAAGCUUAUAGCGGCACUUCGAAAGCACGAACUGGUUAUCACAAUGAUGCUUACCUUGCCAGUAAUGAUGAUGCAGGCACUUUUUCUUAUGGAUGGUCACGAGCUCAAGAACUUGCUUAUA